AUGGCCGUUGGCUCUUCUGACGAGAAUGGUCGGUCCGGAUCCGUUGCCAAGCCGGACCGACCAUCGUCCCCGGGCCAAGAAGAGUUCGAGGUCGGCAGCCACACAGGAACGUCGAUAAGCACCGAUGAAGAAGCCGUCAUCGUGGAUGAUGUACCCGGCCAGGGUGGGAUAGGCUUAUCACACCGUGAGAAUGUACUCUCUCCUACUCAACCCACCCAGACGAGAUCGCGGCGGAGCUCUUCCUUUGUUCGACCAAACAAUCCUAUCGUUCCAAGAUCCCAACGGCGUGGCCUGUUUGGAAGAUUCACCAUAAUUCCCGAAGUCGAGACACCACUAGAAUACAAGAGAGGUACCAAAUGGACCAUCACAGCUGUCGUUGCUCUAGCUGCCGCUGGCGCCCCUAUGGGUUCUGGUAUAUUUCUGCAGUUGAACGCAACCACCACAAUUACUAAUUUGACGGUGGCCAUGUACAUGCUUGCCAUGUCCAUCUUUCCUCUCUGGUGGUCGUCGUUCUCUGAAACCCUCGGCCGCCGGACAAUUUACAUCAUUUCCUUCACCAUGUUUGUCGUCUUCUCGGCACUCAGCGCCAUCAGCGUCAAUAUUUCAAUGUUGAUCGUCAUGAGAAUCUUGGGAGGCGGUGCGUCAGCUUCUGUUCAGGCCGUCGGCGCCGGCACCAUUGCCGAUAUCUGGGAACCGGCCGAGCGUGGGAGAGCUAUGGGCCUCUUUUAUCUCGGCCCUCUCAUCGGCCCGCUGAUUAGCCCCCUUACUGGCGGUAGCUUAUCUGGAGCCUUUGGUUGGCGUUCGACGAUGUGGUUCCUGACUAUUUAUGGUGGCGUCAUGCUCCUCAUGAUUUUCUUCUGUCUGCCAGAAACACUUGCCAACAAGAAGCCGGCUACAGCCCCCAUCAGCUCCCCCGAUCCAACCGCCAACCCUCUGACCCGUGUCACCACGACAGCCAAAUCGAUCAAAUCCGCCGCUUCAACCAUCAAGCGCUUCCUUUGGGACCCCCUCACCGUCCUUGCUUACCUUCGCUAUCCACCGGUGCUGAUAUCAGUCUAUUCGGCCAGCGUGGCCUUUGGCUCUCUCUUCGUCCUCAACAUCUCCAUUCAAUCAACUUAUUCCACUCCACCCUACAAUUUCACAAGCACCAUCAUCGGCUGCAUGUAUCUCGCUCCUUCCUUGGGGUACAUCACCGCCUCCACCGUCGGCGGCCGCUGGCUCGACCACAUAAUGAAGCGCGAAGCACUUCGCGCCGGCCGCUUCGACGACCGCGUCAACCCCCCCAAAUUGAUAUACCUCCCUGAGGACCGUAUGGGAGAGAACAUGUGGCUUGCUGCUUCUCUAUACCCGCUUUCUCUCAUCGUGUACGGUUUCACUGCUAGUCUGGGGCUCAAGUACAUUGCCGCCCCAGCCAUCGCUACCUUUCUCUUUGGAGUAGGGAGUAUGCUAGUCUUUGGUGCGGUAACGACAAUGCUGACAGAGUUCAUGCCCCAAAGAAGUUCGUCUGGGGUAGCGGUCAAUAACUUUGUGAGAAACUUUGUCUCUUGCGUGGGAGCGAUUCUUGCACAGCCGUUGAUUGAUGCCAUGGGGAAUCGGUGGUUGUGUCUGAUGGUGGGGUUAUUUGCGUGGAUCACGGGGAAUGGGGCGAUUUUCUUGUUGAAGAGGAGGGGUGAGAAGUGGAGGAGGGAGAUGGAUGAGGCGCUGGGGAAUAAUGUAAAGGUGGUGCAUCACGGGCAGCGGAGUAAUGAGGAGUUGGGGCAGAUGGAUGGGGAUAUUAGGUUGGAGGAGAUGUGUGACAAGGAGGAUAAGCAGUGA